GAAACACUCUUACAACCAAGCCAUCAUCGAGUUCUAGACGCUGCUCUGAUUGCAUUUUUCUGAAGGCUUCAAAUCUGUUGUACAGCUUGGUUUGAUACUUGAUCAUCAUGGAAGAAGAGCACCACCAUCCCAAAACCCAUGAGUGUGAGACCACUGUGGUGGCAGAGGAGGCUGCCGUCGAGACCAAGGAUCGUGGGAUAUUCGAUUUCUUGGGGAAGAAAGAGGAGGAGAAGCCACAGGAGGAGGUGAUUGUUACCGACUUUGAGAAGGUUACCAUUUCCGAGCCUGAACCAAAGGUGGAGGAGGAGGAGGAGAAGAAGCAUGGACUCUUGGAGAAGCUCCGCCGAUCUGAUAGCAGCUCCAGCUCUUCGAGCGAGGAGGAAGGAGAGGGAGGAGAAAAGAAGAAGAAGAAAAAGAAGGACAAGAAGAAAAAGGAGGAGGACACUUGUGUGCCGGUGGAGAAGUGUGAUGAAGUAGUUCCACCACAGGAGAAGUGUGAUGAAGUAGUUCCACCACAGCCGGAGGAGAAGAAGGGCUUCUUAGACAAGAUCAAGGAGAAACUGCCAGGACAGCACAAGAAGGCAGAAGAGGUUCCUCCUCCGCCACCACCUCCGGCAGAGUGCUCCCCCUCAGAGACAUACGAAGGCGAGGUAAAGGAGAAGAAGGGAAUAUUGGAGAAGAUCAAGGAAAAGCUUCCUGGAUACCACCCCAAGACCGAAGAAGAGAAGAAAGAGAAAGAGAAGGAUUGUGAAUAAGCCCAUAGAAAAAAAAACCAAUGUUUAUCGUGGAUUGUGCGGUUUGUUUGAUCACAGGAUGAUGUUUUGUUUUGUUUUGUUUUAUUUUAUUUUAUUUUAUUUUAUUUUAUUUUUACCUAUGUGCUCAUAUGUAAGUUUGUUUCGGAGGAUCUAUAUUCUAUAUUGUAAUUUCCUCGUGUUAUUUUGUGAUUUUCACGGUAUUAA